GAGACGCGAAUUAAUUCACAAUAAAUUACAUGGGAAAUACUACAAUAGUGUUUUCAUCGCGAGUGUACAUGAACGAAGCGGGUGGGCGGAGUGAGCGUAUUUUUUAAGCGGAAUUCGGCGCGCGGGCGGUAAUCUGCGCGGGCCGGGCGUCGCGCGCAUGCGCCGCGCACUCCAUGCCCGACCACGACACGUACAAGCUGCGGCCCCGCGCCGCGCGCUCCCGCGAGCCGCGCGCGCGCCGCACGCCGCAGCCCCUCAGCAAGUACCGCCGGAAGACGGCCAACGCGCGGGAGCGCAGCCGCAUGCGGGAGAUCAACCGCGCGUUCGAGACGCUGCGGCGCGCGGUGCCGGCCGCGGAGAUAACGGGCACGCCGGUGCCGUGCGAGAAGCUGACGAAGAUCACGACUCUGCGGCUGGCGAUGAAGUAUAUCUCGGCGCUGUCGGCGGCGCUGCGGGCCUCGAGCCCGGAGCCCGAGAGCUGGUCGUCGCCGCCGGCGUCGGAGUUCUCGGAGCUGUCCCCGGGCCAGGACACCACGUCGGAGUACGCCGAGGACUCGCUCUCGCCGUUCGACUCGUUCUUCGCGGAGUUCGAGUAUGAAUACGACGCUGACAGAACUUUCGCGUGAUAGUGUUGUGGACCGAGUGCUGACGCUGCCAUAUUAACGUUACAUAGUUUAUUUGAGUGUGUGGAUGAGAUUAUUUAUAAAUUAUUUUUUUAAAUAAAUAGUUCUUGUUAA